AUGGAGUUGACCUUCUUGAUUAGUCGCGAUGGAACAAAUGCGAGGGGACAUGCACGGCGUGCAUGUAAUGCUUGUCGUCACAAAAAGGUGUCGUAUUCUGUCCUAGAUAGCCCUACAACAACCAGGGCUGAGCAGUUAGCUGAUGGGUCUUCUUCUCCCAACAUAUCCGGUGUCACAAGUAGCCAAGGUGUUGCAUCUCAAGGUUCAAGGCGGGAGCCAGUAAUCCGAAAUAGAUCUGCAUCGCCACGAGCCGAGCGAUCAAGUAGCUCCCCACUCCAAAACCCAGUUGAACAAAGGGCCGAAUCGCAUAUCACCCCUGAUACAGGUACGGCUGCAGAGGGUAGUCAAGAGUCUCGUCGUUUUGCGUGUGACUCCAACCCUAUAGCGACUCUCAUGGAACAUAACGAGUCAAGGUUGCAGAAGGGUCUAUCCCAGAAAGGGGAUGUAGGUGCAUGGCUGGGCCCUGAGGAGAACGCGAUUGAACAGGGCGAAACUCCUGGCUCUUCUUCACAAACAGCACCAGGGACCCAUGUUCACCCCGACUGGCUACCCUCCAAAUUCUGCCAAGAGGCAUUGAUAGAUAUCUAUUUUCGUCGGAUUCAUCCACUGCUCCCUCUUCUCGAUGAAGACGAAGUGAGAGCCCAGCACAGAGCGGGCAGUCUUCCUCUGCGGCUUGUGCAAGUGAUUUGUCUUGUUGCAGCGAAGGACCGUGGUGCAGUGCCUUUCCUAUGUCUUGGUCCCUAUUCAAAACUCCUCCCGCUGGAUAGAUUCUGUAAUAUCAUUUACACUGAUGCUAUGCAAAACAUCUCAAGAAGGGCCGAGAAAAAAGUACUUGCCAUUCAAAUCCUAGCACUUCUGUCACUGCACGAAUGGAGCUCCACCGGAUCCGAGGAUUGUUCUUUGAAUCUAGCUCAGGCUAUUCACCAUGCCCAGACCAUGGGGUUGCAUUUGCUGAGGCCAGACCAACACUCUGGUACAUCUUCCAGGGGAGUCUUUUGGUGUCUGUGGAGCUUAGACCGAUGGAACGCCGCCAUGAAUGGCAGGCCUCUAAUGAUACACGACGGAGACAGGAGUCAAGGUGUGGAUGACGUUGUUUCAAUGUUUCAAUCACCGUUUCGUGUCUGGCUUCGAAUUGCCGAUAAGCUCGGAGAAGUGAUUCACUUUUACCGACCGGUCAUGAAAGGUGUGGAUCAGAGUAAUCUCGAUCUUCCCUUCUUCGAAGAUAUUGUGGAGCACUGUGAGGCCUGGGACAUGUCUCCAGACCUGUUUGAGUCCCUCGAGCUUGUUUAUCAUUCUGUUAUUAUUCUCGCAACACAUUCCAGCGGGUUGCAAGGCCGUUCACAGCCACGAGCGUCAAAAAUCCGACAAAGUCAUUCGAUCCUUACCAUCGCGUCGCUCAGUUGCAAUCAAGAUAUUCGGAAUUUUCUGCCGUUUCCCAUGAUCGGUUACACCAUCUCUCUCGUUUUCUCGGUGACGUACAAACAGCUCAGAGAAAGCAAACUGCCAAGUGCGCGCCACACGGCGAUUUCCCAACUCCGUCUAUUUCAUCAAUGUCUGAAGAAAAUCGGCACCACAUGGUGGUCGGCUGCUGUGAUGACUCGCCUAGGCCAGCGUGUGUUGAACAACAUCCAACCCACCAUAGAUCAGGAACGUUCCACAGGUUCAGAAAUCGAUAUCACCCGACUAAACUCUCAGCCUGAAUCAAACCAUAUAUCUCCACAGCCACUUGCUUCCGCUAGUAAUGCGCAGUCGCACUCGGCUAUCGACAUUGCGCAGGUGGCGAGACGCAUUAAUACAGGAUCUCAGAGCGCACAUCGUCUAGCUGAUCAUCGACUGGGAUCGGACAAACCUUCGAGUUUCGAAGUAGACAGCACGCCAUUUUUAACAUCAACGGGAAUUGAAGAUUUUGACACCUUUUUCGGCAAUUUCCUUGAUGUUAGUUUUCCAAACUACUCGGAUGAUCAACUAUUGUUGGAUCUCGACCUGACUGACUUCGACGUUGUUCAUCACCAUCUACCUUGA